CCUUCAACAUGGGUCGAGCUGUACUGACCAGAGCCAGCAGUGGUUACGGGGCCCACAAACAGGCCGAGCUCUCUCCAACUCUGCCCCCCAAGGGCCUGAUGGCCGGUUCAAAGCCGAGAGGCUCCACUUUCUUCCUCAUCUAUACCGUCUAUGUGGUCACUCUUGGUCCUCUGCUCUUUGGCUACCACUUGGGAGAACUCAAUGCCCCUCAAAAAGUCAUCACUUGCCAAGUCGACCAGCUCCCCGGAUAUGUCGCCCUCGGACUUCCUCAGUGCAUUCCAAUGAACCCUUUCCAAUGGGGAAUGGUUCAGUCCAUGUUUACCAUUGGAGGGCUUUUCGGGGCCAUUGUCAGCGGUUCUGUCGCCACAAGAUUUGGUCGUCUGUUUGCCUUGAAAUGGGCGACCUUUUUCCUGGCGGGCGGACCUAUUGCCGAAGCACUUGCGGGUAAAAUAUGGCUGAUGGCUUUGGGCAGGGCUCUCUCUGGACUGGGGGCCGGUGCAGCCACCGUCGUCUCUCCCAUCUAUGUUUCCGAAGUAGCGCCCCCCAAGCGGCGUGGUUUCUUUGGGGCCUUUACCCAAGUCCAGAUCAAUUCGGGCAUCGUGGUGGCACAACUGCUGGGCUUUUUCUUGUCCAAAUCCAACAAAUGGCGCUGGGUGCUGGCCACCGGCGGCUUCAUUGCCGGGCUCAUGUUCUUCGGCCUCAUGCUCACGCCAGAAACCCCCAAAUGGCUCGCGGCAAACAAUCGACCGCGGAUGGCACGGGGUAUCCUGCAACGCUUGAGGGGAAAAGCUGCCGAUAUUCGGGAGGAGAUGGAGGGUUGGGAUAUGUCGGGAGAGGCGGAGGAGGAAAGCCUCCUUGCAUCCCCACGAGGCCCGCGCCCACGCAAAGAUGCCGGCCGAUCCAUCAUCGACGUGGUCAAAAUGCCCAAGUACCGACGGCCAUUGAUUGCCGUGACGGGCACCAUGAUGGCUCAACAGCUCUGCGGAAUCAACAGCGUUGUCAUGUACAGUGUCGCCAUUCUGGGUAAGAUCAUGCCCAAGCACGCUGGUCUUGUCACCGUCAUCGUCUCGGGGGCAAAUGUGGUCGUCACAUUGCUGGCCGCGCCCUUACCUGACAAAAUUGGACGAAAACCUUGUCUUCUUAUUUCGAUUAUUGGGAUGGGGGCGGCAUCAGGCAUGCUGUACGCUGGACUAGCGAAGCACAUUCAAGCCCUCACGAUCGCAGCCAUUGGACUAUUCGUGGCCAGUUUCGGCAUUGGGCUGGGACCGAUUCCAUUCAUACUAGCAAGUGAGCUUGUCGGACCAGAAGCGGUGGGAGCAGUCUCGAGCUGGGCACUUGCAGCCAACUGGUUGUCGACGUUCUUGGUGGCCAUGUUCUUCCCUAUCUUGAACAAGAUCCUUGAAAGCAAUGUAUGGUGGAUUUUCGUGGGCGUGGCUGUGUUUUGGGCGGUAUUUGUGGUCGUGUUUGUGCCCGAAAGCAAAGGCAUGGCCAACGCCGACGAGGUUUGGCGGAGGAAGCGAUGUUGCUGA